AAAAGGCACUGUGGAUGAUGACGUCCAAUUGCACCGCGGUGACUGAGUUCCUGCUCCUGGGGUUCUCCGAUGCCCUGGGAUUGCACAUCUUGCACUUGGCCACUUUCCUAACAAUAUACCGGGCAGCCCUGAUUGGCAAUCUCCUUGUUAUCAUGCUCAUAGCCGUUGACAGCCACCUCCACACCCCGAUGUACUUCUUCCUCCUCAACCUGUCCAUCCUCGACAUCGGAUCCAUCUCUGUCAUUGUCCCCAAAUCCACUGCCAAUGCCAUACUGAACACCAGGCUGAUUUCCUAUUCUGGAUGCGUCACCCAAGUUUUUCUCUUCCUCUUCUUCAUUACAGCAGACCUCUUCGUCCUCACCGUCAUGGCUUAUGACCGAUACAUCGCCAUCUGCAAACCACUGCACUAUGCGACAGUGAUGAACAGGAGAGCUUGUCUGCUAAUGGCAGCUGCGGCCUGGAGCGCGGCUCUUCUGAACUCUGCCCUGCACACGGGGAACACCUUUAGGCUGCCCUUCUGCCACUCCAACAUCGUCAACCAGUUCUUCUGUGAAAUCCCUCGGCUCCUUAGGAUCUCUGGCUCGGAGGUGUUUACUAGUGAAAUUCAGAUUAUUAUCUUUGGU